UUUUAAGUCAAAGAAGUAGGCAGAAAGCCACCUGUUGACCUGCUUGCGCCAAGCCCAAUUCGACCACCACCUCGGCCUCGUUUAGUCCGAGACAGCCCCAAAGAGCGCGACAAGAGGCGCCCAAUUGCGCGAAAGCCAGUGCAAGAUUCAACUUAACCAUUUUACGCGCGCAGCGAACUACGACACGUUCCUAAGUGCUCUCGUCGAGCACUCGCCGACCUCAUGACGAGGUUUACCAGAGGAACGCGCCUGUUAAGGCGAGUUGCGCUGCCUGCCUCAGCCGCCGCCGUCGGUGGUGGCCUCCUCCUCUACUCGUACCGACCCAUCAACGUCCCCGGUUCUGAGGGCGCUGCAGUGCCCCCGCCGCUCUAUGACGCCGAUGGUAAAAUUAAGCUCCCCCGCUUCCCAAAAGUAAAGUCGCGCGACGAGCAGCUUGCUGAAUUGAAGAAGGGCCGAUCGGCAGAGGAAGAGUAUGACGUACUGGUCGUGGGUGGCGGUGCCACUGGUGCUGGUGUCGCUUUAGAUGCCGUCACGAGAGGCUUGAAGGUCGCCAUGGUCGAGCGCGAUGACUUCAGUAGCGGAACAAGCAGUAAGAGUACCAAGCUUGUACAUGGCGGUGUGCGGUACUUAGAAAAGGCCGUAUGGAAUCUCGACUACGCCCAAUACACACUGGUCAGGGAAGCCCUGAAAGAGCGCAAGUACUUUUUGCAAACCGCACCUCAUCUGAGUUCGUGGUUGCCUAUCAUGCUUCCUCUGGACAAGUGGUGGAAGGCUCCGUACUACUGGGCGGGCACCAAAUUUUACGAUUUCCUGGCUGGUAGCGAGGGCAUUGAGAGCUCAUACUUCCUAACAAGGAGUAAAGCUCUUGACGCCUUUCCCAUGCUCAAACCCACCGACCUCGUAGGCGCGCUUGUCUACUAUGACGGAGCACACAACGACUCACGUAUGAACGUAUCUCUCGCCAUGACGGCUGCUUUGUAUGGAGCCACCGUCGUCAACCACGCUGAGGUAACUAGUCUCAUGAAGAACGAGCAAGGAAAACUGUGUGGUGCCACUAUCAAAGACCGCAUACCUGAGCGUGGUGGCCGCAAAACCGAAGACAUCGCCGUCCGUGCCAAAUGUAUCAUCAACUGCACUGGGCCAUUUACAGACUCGAUUCGAAAGAUGGAUGACCAGGAAUGCAAAGAGAUUGUGGCUCCGGCAUCCGGUGUCCACGUUAUUCUCCCCGGUUACUACAGCCCUGCCAAGAUGGGACUCAUUGACCCUUCAACAUCUGACGGCCGUGUCAUCUUCUUCCUGCCGUGGCAAGGAAACACCAUCGCCGGUACAACCGACGAGUCUGCCGUCAUCACUCAAAACCCCUUGCCUGAUGAGAAGUCCAUUCAGUGGAUUCUGAACGAGGUCAGCCACUACUUAUCGCCCGAUAUCAAGGUGCGCCGAGGCGAUGUCCUGGCUGCGUGGUCUGGUCUGCGGCCUUUGGUCAAGGACCCCAAGGCGGCCAACACCGAGUCUCUCGUGCGCAACCAUCUCGUCGACAUCUCCGAAUCCGGCUUGAUAACUUGCGCUGGUGGCAAAUGGACGACUUACCGACAGAUGGCGGAAGAGUGCGUUGACGCUGCCGUCAAAGAAUUCAAGCUCCCCGUUAAACCCUACCCCAACGCACCGCGCGUCAGCGGUACUGAGGAGGUGGACGACGGCGCCAUCCUCGACGGUAGCUGCCAGACACACAACGUGCGACUGAUCGGUGCUCACGGCUUCAGCAAGACGCUCUUCAUCAACCUCAUCCAGCACUUCGGCGUCGAGACCGAGGUUGCCAAGCAUUUGACGGAGAGCUACGGUGACCGCGCCUGGACGGUGGCGGCCAUGUGCCAACCCACCGACCUUCGUUUCCCCGCGCGAGGUGAGCGCAUCUCGCGGCUGUAUCCCUUCGUAGACGGCGAGAUCCGGUAUGCUAUUAGCCACGAGUACGCCCAGACGGCCGUAGAUAUCCUAGCGCGACGCACGCGUCUUGCCUUCCUCAACGCUCAAGCAGCUCUAGAGUGUCUGCCUCGCAUCAUCGACAUCAUGAGCCAGGAGCUCAACUGGGACCGGACGAGACAGGACCGCGAGUGGAAAGAGACCGUCUCCUUCCUCGAAUCCAUGGGUCUCCCGCAGCCCAUGUUAUCAGCAACCAGGGCAGAUGUAGAAAAGGGCAAGUUGGACUUUAGCUCCUCGGCAGAUUUCAAGAUGUACUCUCGCCACGACAAGCCUCUACUUGAGGAAGUUUAAAUAUGCAAAAACGCAACCUCCCCCUAAAUUUACAAGAUCUACCAACCCGUCCAACCCGCCUACCAACACAUCUCGACACCCGCGCGACCUCACCGCUUCAGAGUUGUCAGCUCGCCGUAAUCAUCCACGUCCACUCGGUGCCAUGGGCAAAAGUGGAAACCAAAACCCACCACCCAAUGAACCUGUAUCCUAUUUUCCCUGUAGAUAAAGCACGCUUCG